AGGAGAGGUGAUAAAAAGGGAAGGAGAUGGAGCCCAAUAUGGCCAAAGAAAAUUUCCAUUGGCUAUGGAAGUUGCACUGCCUCAAGGACCAGAGGAGUUUCACCAGAGCCGAGGCUAUCGAAAAGCUUCAUGGUGGGAGAGUCAUCUCAAGGGAGGAGAACAAUGGAGCAGUGCGUGUGAAGAUUGUAGUUAGCAAGCAAGAGCUGAGGCAAAUGGUUUCAUCAUUGAGCCAAAGAAGGAGCAAUGCAAUCCAUCAGCGCAUGGCGGCGCCACCGAACUUGGAGCAGCUCUUGCAUGUCCUCAGAGAGCAGCACAUGAAGAGGGCCGAGGCCGGGAAGGGCUACCGGCCGGGUGACUGGAGGCCUGCACUACUGAGCAUCCCUGAGGAGAUUUGAUGAUACAUAGUCUUCCUAGUUGUGUAUAACAAGGAACAUUGUUGAUUCACAUCUGUAUAGCUUCCUAAUGUGUGACCUAGUGGAGGGGGGAUCCACUGGUGGCAAUUAUAAUUGUAUUCCCUCUCUGUUGGAAAAGGAAAAAACAAGGAAGAAUUAUGUGGAU